AAUAAGUUUUCUUUCUUGGAAUGUCUUGCGGGAGUCGCCAUACUUUUCAGCCUUUCAUUCUCACAUUGAUAAAUUAACGUUCUGUGAAUCUCCCCAGGCCCAGGCUUGCCAACUGUAUAUAAAGGAACCAGAGCAACAACGGUUUGCUUCAAGAAAAAAAAAACAAUGGCAGGGAACAAAAACCAGAAGCACUUUGUUCUAGUACAUGGGCUGUGCCAUGGAGCCUGGUGCUGGUACAAGCUCAAGCCGCAGCUGGAGUCUGCUGGUCACAGGGUCACUGUGCUCGACCUCGCAGCCUCUGGCAUCAACAUGGAGGCAAUUCAAGAUGUUCGUACAUUUCAUGAAUACACCAGACCUUUGUUGGGCUUUUUGGCCUCACUUAAUGAACAGGCAAUAGUUGUGGGGCACAGCUUAGGAGGCAUGAAUUUGGCCCUGGCCAUGGACUUGCUCCCCCACAAAAUUUCAGUUGGUGUUUUCUUAACAGCGUUCAUGCCAGAUACCACACACCAACCAUCAUAUGUCAUCGAUAAGUAUUUAGAGGGAGGCUCAGAAGAGGCUUGGCAGGAUUCUCUAACUGUAACCAUUGGCAGCCCAGAACAACCUCUUACGAUAACAACUUUGGGCCCCAAGUUCAUGGCAUCCCAGCUUUAUCAGCUAUCCUCUGUUGACGACCUGGAACUGGCAAAAACUCUGGUCAGGCCUGGAUCACUAUUCCAACAAGAUUUGUCAAAGGCAAAGAAUUUCUCGGAUGAAGGUUAUGGAUCUGUAACAAGGGUUUUCGUUCUGUGUGGUGAGGACAAAACGAUGACCCCGGAAAUCCAACGCUGGAUGAUUCAAAACUAUCCGCCUAAAGGUGUGGUGGAGAUCAAAGGUGCAGAUCAUAUGGCAAUGUGCUCCAGGACCAAACAACUUUGCGACAAUCUUUUGGAGAUUGCAAAUACAUACGCUUAAUAUUAGUAUACUAGUAGAUUAAUAAACAAGCUAUGAUAUGAUGCUCCCUCUUUAUUUUAUAGAAAGGAAACGAUAAAGAAUAGUAAAGUAUUGAGUCUGAUCAGCACAUAUAAAUACUAGGUGGAAAGUGAUGCUUUCCUGCAUGCCACUAGCUAUCUAGCUAUUUGCAUUGCCAUUUGUCACAGUCAAUGUGGGCGGCUAACAAGGUUGUGACAGUAGUUCAACUCUGUACAUGUGAUUGCAAAACUGAUAGAAACUUCAUUUAUUAAAAAUGUAAUUUUCUAUGUAUUAGUAGUAA